ACACACCUCAUUACUCUCCUGUAGCGUCGAGGAGAAGCUGAUUCCGAGAAUCGAAUUCUUCGAGAACCUAGGGUUUUCCCGCCGGGACGCCGUGAUAAUGUUCCGGCGAUUCCCGCAGCUGUUCUGCUACAGCAUCAAGGAGAAUCUGGAGCCGAAACUGAAUUACUUCGUGGUGGAAAUGGGGAGGGAACUGAAGGAAUUGAAGGAGUUUCCGCAUUACUUUUCGUUUAGCUUAGAGCAUAGGAUUAAGCCGAGACAUCAAAGCUGUGUGGAGAAGGGAGUAUGUUUCCCAUUGCCGGAUUUGUUGAAAACCAGUGAGAUGAAAUUCCGGGAAAAAUUGGAGAGUUGAGAAUUGAGAUGAGAAGCUUGCAAGAUUUGGUUUGAUGCUUUCAAGUUUCGACUGUAAACGGAUUUAAAGAAUUGUAGGCCACAAUCAUUCUGGCUCUGGCCCCUGGGAGGACAUUUCUUUGCAAAACCAAGUGUUCUGUACCAUAAAUUAUGGCUCCUUACUCGCA